AUGGCUCUACCAGCUCUCCCAGUCCCAAAGACGAGGAAAAGCACUGGAAACCUUCCGACGCCGGCAUCAAAAUCUAGCCCGUCGACACCCAACCCGAAGAGCGGCCUUCGCGCCCCUUCUUCCUCUUCGGCGUUCCUCCCCCCCACGACCCCCGCUCCCACAUCAGCACUCCCGCAACCGCGUGCGGUCUCUGCCAUGAGCAAUUCUUCAAUAAAGACAUUGCGCAAGACAGUGAGCAUUAACUCGUUCCCCCAGCCACCACGAGGCGACAAUCGCGUCAAUAGCCUUCCCCCGAGUCCACUUGGUGCUGACUCCUCGCGGAAUUCAACACGCAAAUCAAAGGGCUCUAUCGCGUCAAACUACUCCCAUUUGAGCAACGGCGCCCCGAGCCUGCUGAACAACAAUGCCGAGGGGAAAUCGAUAUCAAGCGCAAGUGUGCGCAUGUCAGACGGCCUCAUCAGUGUAUCAUCACCGCCUCAAAGCAGGAGCUCCUCAGCACAGGAUUCUUACUCAACUUCCGCGACGACGUAUGAUGACCCUAUUGAUGGAGCAACGGCCAAGUCCUCAUCUGACGCCUUCAGUGACAAAAGAGGCUCUAAGCUGGACGGCAAAGGUAAUGUUGUAGUCAGCGUAAGAGUGCGUCCAGACGCUGGCGGCAAUGAAAACAGCAAGACCGAGGGCGAGUGGAUGGUUGAUGGACGCAAGUCUCUCGUUGCGUAUCGAGGAAAAGAGGGCGGUGAUUAUUUCUACGGUAAGGUUCUCUCCUUCGAUAUCCGCGUAUACGACUGUAUUGCUAAGCGCUUGGUACGCCGAGUGAUGGAAGGCUAUCAUGGAACCGUUUUUGCCUAUGGUAUGACUGGUACCGGAAAGACCUUCUCGAUGCAAGGAACAGCCUCUUCGCCUGGUGUCAUUCCGCUUGCGAUUACCGACAUUUUCUCCUACAUCAGGGAAACACCGUCACGCGAAUUUCUUCUUCGCGUCAGCUAUCUGGAAAUCUACAACGAGAAAAUCCACGACCUCCUCAGCAUGUCCACUGGACCCGGCGCUGGGGCCAACGGUGGGCAAGAAGAGAUCAAGCUGCGCGAGGACAGUAAACGCGGAGUCUACGCCAGCCCUUUGAAGGAAGAAAUCGUUCAGAGCCCAACCCAGCUUCUGAGAGUGAUUGCUCGUGGAGACCAAGCGCGGCGGACGGCUAGUACCCAAUUCAAUGCGCGCAGCUCUCGAAGUCAUGCGGUGGUCCAGAUUGUGGUGGAGAGCCGAGAGCGGAUACCAGGGAACCCUGGAGGCGGCGACAGUAAAAGAUCUGGAAUGCUGCCCGGGGGCGUGCGUGUCUCGACACUUAGCUUGAUCGAUCUUGCAGGAUCCGAAAAGGCUGCCGAGUCCAAGGAACGACGGACUGAAGGUUCACACAUCAACAAGAGUUUGCUGACGUUGGGCACCGUCAUCUCGAAACUCUCCGAGCACAAGGACAAGGACGGAAAGGCUGCCGACAAAGAUGGAAAACACUUGCCAUACCGAGACAGCAAGCUGACUAGACUUCUGCAAGGGGCUUUAUCGGGCGGGUCUCUGGUCAGUAUCCUCUGCACGAUCCAGAUUGGCGCAGCCGGCAGCGCAGCAUCCUCCAACUCUCAUACCUCGGAAACCAUCAACACACUGAAAUUCGCCUCAAGAGCGAAGAACAAUAUUGUGAGCCAUGCGAAGAAAGCCGAGGAAGCGCUCGGCGCAGGGGGUGACGGCGGCGCCAGAGUCUUGCUGGAACGGUAUCGCAUGGAGAUCCUAGAGCUGAGGCAACAAUUGGACACACAAGCCAAGGAGAAAAACGCGAAACGCGCCGAGGCAGAAAAGGAACGAGACGCUGAGGAAGAGAAGGCCCGGGAAUUGGAGGCUGAGCAUCGGCAUGAAGAGCAAAUGCUCGAAAUGCAACUGGCCCGUACAGCAUUGAAAGAACGGAUCGAUCACCUUAACCGUCUGAUCUUGAGUUCCAAAUCAAUUGGCGUCAACGCGAGCGGGUCCUACAGCGCCUUGGGCAUCCACACGAGAUCGUCCAUGGCCUCCGUCCGGUCGUCAUUGGCCACUUCAGUCAGCGGCAGACCGAUACUCGAGAGAACCGCAUCAAUGACAUCGGCAUCGUCAACUAUCGGCCGUCGAUCAAGCGGACGGUCGAGUGGAGGCCAGCGGCUGUCCAGCGGUGAAGGAGGCGGAGUAAUGACGGAUGACGACAGCGUUGGCGAGUACGGUGAUGGUAGUGCCUCAUUGACAGCACAGAACCGCGCCUUGCAGGCCGAUCUUGCGGACAAGACAAGGUACAUCCAGACGCUCGAGAAGAGAUUGAUGCAGGCACGACGGGCCAGCUCUUCUAGGACAUCGGUUGGCUUCUCUACUCCUAAUAAGGGCAUCAUGGUGGGCGAAGACCAUAGUGUGUCGACGUUGCUGAGAGAGAAGGACGCCGAAAUUGCCGAGCUGAGAGCUCGGCUAGAUGACAAGGAUCGCAUGCUGGCAGCGUUACGCUCUGCCGCUCGAUCUCGAGAGGUGGCAGAGGGUGCCAUGGACGGACGAACAUCUGCUCUGUACGAGCACAGCCCACCACCAACGAUCAACCCGCCCCCAGCGCCUUCGAAUGCCUUGGCCGGCCGCUCAAACUCCCUCACAGCUCGUUCGAACUCUCUGACAAAUCCUCGCACCCGUACAAAAAGCGUUGAUGAGGUGAAUCAGAUCCUGGACGAGAUGAUCCAGGACCGUGUGGAGACUGGUCACCUUGUCAGAGGCGUGAGAGGCAGUGUCCGAGUUGCCAGUGAUCGCAAACUCGAGACUCACCCGGAGAACUCUCUGAAGAUGGAGCCGCUCAGGAAGACGGCGUCAUUCGAUGAUGGCAACAGGGCAUCAGCAGUGCAGGCGUGA